ACUUGUCAAACUUUUCGUGUGUUUAGCGCUGCAAUACGAUUUUGAUUUUAGAUAUUUGUAUUUUUCUUCAUUGAAUCAUUAAUUUAGACAAUUUCCCUCAAUUAAUCUAUUCUCACUCAAAACCAAAGUGUUUUAAUUGAUAAAUUAAAUUCUAAUUGUGCCUAACUUCGAGGUAUUUACCCGAUGUGCUCGAAAAACAAAUUACGUCCCGACCCAAAAUAGACCAUUGUACCAUAGUUGAGCUGAACAAAAUGUUAAUUUAAUCAGAAAACUUCACGAUCGCGUUAUCCAUUCAAUUAAAAUGGCACCGACAAAAGAAAAACUACCCGAAAUUAAUAAAUCCGAUAUAAUAGUCUCGGUGGAUGGAGUUGCAAAGUUAAAAUUCGGUUUUCUAGACGAACAACAUGCAGAUAGUAGCCGAAGUAGUUUAGAACCUGGCGAGGUCAAAACUCCUCCUGCAAGUCCGGUAGUCAGGUUGCUACCUGCCCUCUCGCCGCUCACUCGAACCGAUACAGAGAUGGACGCCGCGAAGAGGCGAGAAGAAUUGAAAUCAGCAUCGCAGGCAGAGGCGGCGCUGUGCCAAGAUAAAGUUCGUGCGAUAAUGGAACUCGAUGCGAUUCGAGAGAAAAAGGAAGCUGAGCGUAAGAAGAUAUUGGAGGAGAUAAAAUUGGCAAAGCUGGUGCGGUCACACGAGAAAAAGAAGAAGAAGAAAAAGGAGAAAGAAAAGGAAAAAGAAAAAGUUGCCGAAAUCAUUGACAGCGAUAUAAGUGAAGGUGAGUUGCCCAGGAAACGGCACAUGGGUUCUGGGAAACUGACUUAUGAGAGUAACGGGGAGGAAGAGGUGCUCGAUAGCAGCCGGGCAAGCAGCGAUGACCGUGGCAACAAUAAGGAACCCAUGACCUUUCAAAUGGGCUAUCCGCCGCAGGAUCCUUUCAAGAGAUUCCGACCAGUCGGUCCUCCAAUGCACCCUUUCAUGCGAGGAGGUGGUCGCGGAAACUUCCAUCAGAUGCGACCACAUCACCGACCGAGGUUUGACGGCCGCGGUGGAAUGCGUGGAGGAAUGAGAGGGUUCUUCCGACCACACGCCCCUUUUGGUCCUAUGGGCGGAGGUGGAGGGCCAAAACAUCGAUUUCCGGGGCCUCAUUUUAGAGAGCCAUUCGUCGAACAAAGACCCACCAGUCCUGCCAGCAGGAUUCCAAGCUCAAUUGUGCAGCUACAGGGAGAGAAAUCAAACUUAAAGUGGACAAAAAGUGAGCCAUCAAUUUCGUAUUGCUUCAAUGCCUCCACCAUAAACAUUGGAAUCGAGAAAGGAAUUGAAAAGAUGCACAAAGCUUCAAAGAAGAAGAAAAAGCAUAAAAAAGCCAAGGGUCGAAAAAACAAAAUUCAUGAAAAAUCCAAAAAGAAGAAAUCCCAAAAACCCAAAGAGAAGGAAAAGGAAAAAGAAAAAGAGAAGAAAAAACCCCGAAAGAAACAUCGCAAAAAGUCCUUAAAGAAAUCUAAAAGUAAGGACCUUCCCUCAGAUGAUGAGCUAGACGAAUCAAUGCGAGUAAUUACAAUCAAGCAAGAAAAGGUAGACAACUCCUCGGAGCAGGAGUGUUGGGAUGAGGACAAAGAAUCGAGUGUAAAACAACGUUCUGCAACACCUCCAAAGAGCUACAAGCACAUGAAUGAGGACAAAAAAUCAACCGCAAGCAGUCAGGACGGUACUCCACAGCGUCGGCGCCACAAGAAGAAGAAAAAGCACAGCAAGAAGAAGAAGCCGUCAAAGUCGCGGUCCAAGGAAAAGCAGACGGAAUCGUUUAGCCCGAAUCCAUUGGAACUAAUACAGAAGCUUCGAGACUCGGUUGAUUCGCCUCAGGAAAGGAAGUCAGACUUAAAGACAAUUAUAAAUGUGGACGUGCCAAAGGAGCCUCCACAAAUAAAGGAAGAGAAAAAGGACAAAGUGGUGAAAGUGAUCAAAGUAGAACGUGACUGUAGCAAAGACAAAAAAUCGAAGCCAUCUGAUACACCGUCUCCAGAGCCAGCAAGAGAAAGUAUCAAACCCGCUGAAGAACGACCAAAACCACGGGAAAAAUCUUCUUCGAUAGAUUCACAAUGCGGCUCCACUCCUCCAAUACCGAGUGAGAAAUUCGAUUCGAUGAAGGAUUCAAAUUCAAAGCAGGACAAAAGUCCAAGAAGCAGGUCCCCAAUAAAGACCCCCUCAUUGUCCAAUGAGAAGAGGAAUCUUUUCAUUGAAAAAAGAUCGGUUGAUAUGGUGGUUGCAGCCAAACCCAAGCCAGCCACUUCCGUUGAGCGGCGGAACCCAUUCACCGGGAAGCCAAUUCAAAACCGGUCCCGAUCGAACUCGAGGAAACGAGUUUCCUCCCCAGAAAAACGGAAUCCAUUCUCUCUGCGGGACAAAUCUGCAGAUUUACCAAAACCCCAAAAAGAUGUGAGUUUGGACAGAAGUUUCAGAAGCAGUCGUGGAUCUCGAUCGAAUUCUCAGACAGACAGAAAUGCAGACAAAAAAUGGACACGCUCGCGAUCGAUCUCGAUGGAAAAGUACGAUGGGCCUUGGGACCGCUCAAUGGAGAGACAUAAAAGAAACCCAGAGCCAUCGUUUGGCACUUCAUUCUCGAAAGGAAGAAGAUCCAGAUCGCCCAAGAGAAGGUCAAUUUCAAAAGAGAAGUUCAACAAGCGCACAUCCGACCAAAAGCAGCUGGACAGAUCCCUUUCCAAAUCGAGUAAAUCUCCUGGAAGAAACCCCUUUAAUUCGAAAGAAAGAGUUGGGCGAGGUAGAUCACCGCAUUCGUCCAAAGAACGAAGAGAAUUCAAUAGGCGAUCGCCAGGCUCCUCACACAACCGCUCAAUGUCUGUGGAAAAAAGGAAUCCAUCACUUGAAGGGUCCAAAAAUCGUUCAGAAAGAAGGUCCUCACCUGAUUUGUCUCCUCGAGAGUCGAUGGAUGAGAAAAAUGGAUCGAUGGUAGACGAAAAAAAUCCUGACACAAGAAACAAAGCGGACAAGUCUUCAAAAGCAGACAAAGUAUUUGACAUGUUCGCUGAGCACGUGGAAGAGGCUCCAAAGAAGCCCUCGAAUCCCUUCAAGGUGACGAGAAGAUCCCGCUCGCGAACUCCACCACUUGACAAGAAUAAAGCUUCAAAAAGCAAGACUCCGUCAGAAAAACGUGAAACAGAACACCCAAAACCAACCAACAGAUCACUCUCUCGUGAUAAACAAAUCAAGACCCCGACAGACAUUUCCAACCAAUCCCAAUUGAAGACUAAGGAACCAACAACUAAGCCGAAGACGAAGUCUCAAGUUGAGAAACCAGGUGCAAAGAAGUUAACCUCGGAACGUCUUUCAUUCAUUGACGAUCUGGUCCCACGGAAGGAUAAGAAAGAAAAAACUGCAGGCAUAGUAAAGGGCGAUGAGAGCCCCGAUACGGACGACUACAUGGACAAUUGGGAGAACGAUGUGGACUUCAUGACCAAUCAAGACAGUUCGACGCCAACAAAGCGCCUGGACCUGAAAAAAAUGCUUAAAACAGAUCAUCCCAACAAGGGGACUCCUCCUCCCGCAUCGCUCGAAAGCGAGAAGCUUAGUGAUGGCUUUGAAAACCCACUUCUGGUUAACCCGAGUCCACCGCCAUCGAAGCCCAACGACGAUGAUCCGAAGCCAACAGAAGUUUCCGUGGCUAUCAUACCUCCUCCAGUGAAAGUGGUUAAAAUUAAGCUUGAGACAUUCGAAGCUGAGACAGAAGUUCCAACAAAAACCGGUUUUACUGCGAAAACACCUCCGAACCCAAACGGAGAAGAUCCAGCUGUUCUCUUUGGGAUGCAGGAACUCUACGACCAAUUUAUCCGAAGCGUCGAGGGAACCGGUGUGGACAUGUCGAAAAUCAAAGCCAAGGAUAAAACUCCAGAAACAGAUAUUUCUCACGUGGAGUCGGAGUCCACUGACCCCAAUCACAGCACCAGCUCGUCGAACUCCACAACAUCGACCAUCUCCACGUCGUCGUCUUCUUCGUCGUCCAGCUCAAGUUCAUCGUCGUCAUCUUCCUCCGAGGAAGACAACGAAGAGUCAGACUCAUCCAAGAAAAACAAGAAGAAACGAAGCAACCGCGUGGCAUAUGACUUCAAGAAGAUCCAACAGCUGGAGGAAAAUCUCGCGAAUAUACAAAGUAUGCGAGCGAACUACGAUUCCGGCGAUGAGAUUGUCGAGGAGCUGCGGAAGAUGGAAAACCUUCUCCUGCAGGAGAAAAACUUUAUCUUGCAGAAGUAUGCUAAAGACUUAACCACAACCGACUCGGGAGUGGAUUCCAGCAAGAGCAGUUGUGAGAAUCUUGCUGCCACCCAACCCCAAUUCAUCCCAACUCUGCAGGAAGCCAGUAUGGAAGAGGUGAAGACACCAGCCGAGCAAGAAGACACCAAAAUCUUUGACGCCAACAGAGAAGCAAUAAAAUUGAAAAUUUCUCCCAUGAAGAAGCCGAAGACUGCCGUGGCCAGUGGAUCGGCGGCAGUGAAGGCGAUUGAGCCUCUAAAGCAGGAAGAAGAUGCGGACUUCACCGAGAAACUACUUGCGAAGCCAGCCAAGGAAGUGGCGAUUGUGAAGCCGAUGAUCGACACAAACACCUCGAGAUCGAGUGAAGAUCGCCGGUCGAGCGAUAGGUACAACCGCAGGGAAAGUCGAUCUACGUCGAGGUCGAGAGCCAUAAGACCACGGAUGCGUUCGCUCUCAGUAAGUCCCCGGAGAAGAGGGCGGUUUUCUUCACCACAACCGAGGCGGGGACAAGGUGCUCGUUAUAGAGGUCGUCGGAGCCGCAGUCGCUCACCACUUCGCCGUCGUCGUCGACCGGAUCCAAUUUCGCGGAAGGGACGAACUCAUUCUCGCUCGCGAUCUCUCUCGCCAGGCCCUCAAGGGCGACGUCGAUCGCGAAGUGGUUCCUACGACAGAACUUUCUCUAGAUCUCCGCUCCCAUUCAAACCUCCAUCGCCACCGAUGCGAAGAAGCUCCUCCCGAAGUCGCAGCCACUCGCCCAAUCGAAGUUCUUCACAAUCGAUUUCGCCGACCUAUCACUACAACUCACAUCGCUCAUCCUACAUCCCUCAGGAGUCGUACUACUAUCAGGACCCAUCCAACCGCAUAUCACUCGACGCUCGGAUAAACAUCGUCCUAAACGGUCACGAUGCCUCCACACAGAAUCCCUACGGAGGCUACAACUACAGUACGUACGGUUAUAUGUCUCUGCCACCUCAACCAGGCGGACAGGCGUCCAACUAUCAGCACAUGAACUACGCCAACCAAUAUGUCAACAGCUCCGAUCAGCAGGUCUACUCGAACAUCCCGACAAUAAGCUCAGGAGCGAAUAACUCCAAUUUCUUCUACGAAGAGCAGCCUUAUGUCCAACAACCACAAUCACAACCCUCGUCAUUGCUCAAGGAACUGCCCAAGGCAGCUGCAGUUGCGGUGCAGAAGGGCAACGUUCUGGAAAUAGUCCCCAGCGUUGAUGUACCUUCGAUUAAGUUGACCGAAGAAAAGAAAGACCAAUUAACGGAACCAACGGCGGCGGUGGCGGCACUGGCAGAAGUCAAAGUGGAGAAAAUGAGUCCCGAGAAGACGAAGGCGAAAAAGGUGAAGAAGAUCUCUGCGAUUUCGUGGAAGGAAGAAGUCAGCAAUAGACACAUUGCCUCGGCUGUUUUGAGACUGGGAAAGGAGUCUGAUGGAAGUGCCAGGGGAAUUCUAAAAAAAAUUGCUUUGGAAGAAAAAUCCCUCAGGAAAAAAGUUUACUUCGAGGAUGGCAUAUUCCCGAAUCGGGACAGUGAAGAGGAGGAUCGGAAAGCCAUUGAUACUAAAAUUCGUCGGAAGCUCAAGGCUUUGCGCAAAAAGCACGGCUUAAAGCCAGCUAAGGAAACCGAAGUGGUGAAGGUGGAAUCCCAGAAAGAGGUAGAACCUGUCGCGAGUGAGCUGUCGUAUAAAAUCGACCCAGAGUUGGACAGUUUGCCGCCACCUCCGCCACCACCGGGCUCUCCUCCACCAAACCUAGAACAACCAGUCUAUCUAAGGCCACCUACCCCAACGCCUCUCUUCUAUUUCCACUUCGACGCAGUCGUACAUUCCAUGUAUGUCUCGCAAAUGGAAAAUCCCAUUCCGCCACGUCUCCUCAAUCCCAAACUAGUUCCGCCAAAUUUAACCACUGCCGGAGCUCCAACAGCUGCGAAUGCAACUGCUACAGCAGCAGGUGCAGCACCUGCGGCUCCAUCUCCCUCAACCACAGUCUCUCCGCCUUCUACAAACUCGAAAAAGGACCCAUCUCGGGAUUUCUCUUCGCCCAAAACGAGUAAGGUUCCCUCUGCUGUAACAGCAUCGAGACGUGAAAGCCCGUCGAUCAAACCGAGUCUAGUUGAGACUCCGCCACCUCAGCGACCUGCAUCACCAAAGAUAUCACCGCGUAUCUCUCCCCCGCAAGUACCGUCGCCGAAAUUCACGAGCGGCUUCGUCGCCGUGAGUGGAUCGACCGCCGCACGGAUGUCGCCGAUUGGCUUUACUGGUAUACGACCGACGGGACUCACUCGCCUGCCCCAGUCGCCUCUUGCUAGAGCUGGACCUCUACCUGUUAUGCCGCAUCAGUUCAACGUUCCACCCCCAAACAUGACUGCCCCACAUCCUGCACCAGUUCACAAGAUGAUGCACGGUACACCGCCUCCGCAGUUCUUCAUGCGAGGUCAGGCUCCCAUAGACAUGCACAACAUGAGGAAUAUGCCCCCGAUGAUGCGCAACAUGAUUCCGCCGAACCAUCUUCUCCCUGGAAACGGCCCCUCAUCCCAUCAUCAAAUGCAUCAGCAGCAGCAACACCACCCCCAACAGAUGCUUCACUCUCAGCAGCAUCCACAUCAGCAGAUCCCACAACACCCUCCACAACAUCCGCUCCAACAUCAGUCAAUGAAUGGACCCCAACACAUGCCACAGCACAUACCCCAACAUGUGCAGCUGCACCCCCAACAAAUAAUGCAACAACUACCCCCGCAGCGCCAGCAGAUCCCGCCUCAAAUCAUGCAUCAUCAGCAUUCGCAUUUACCGCAUCCGGGUCACCAAUCACACGCCCCCCAUCCACAGGCAAUGGUUGCUCCCUUUAAUAUUCAAAGGAAAUAGUUCUAAAACAAGAAAUAAAAAUAAGGCCUAGUCUGCGGGGUGUUAAGAACACUCCUUUUUAAUUUUGUUUGCAACACAAAAUGUAUACAUUUGAAUAUGAAUUACCUAUACAAAUGAAACAAAACCUUAGAACUUCAUUUAUGUAUGGAAAAUAGAUUAAUUGAUAAUUGAUAAGGAAAUAUCUGCGACGAUAAAGGCGCAGUAUAUUUAUAAAUAAAUAAAUAAAAGUUAAACAAAAUAACAACACUUUUAGACUUCCUUUC